UGUGCUGUGUCCCACGGACACAGUGGAUCACCGAUCCACGAAAAGAGCCAAAGAUGUCGGCUCGGUCAUGUGAUCAGCUGUGUCCAAUCACAGCUGAUCACAUGGGACAUCUACACUGAUCAUCAGAGCACUGAUGAUCAGUGUGCCCUGAUGAUCAGUGUAGCCCCAGAAGUGCCACCUGUCAGUGUCCAUCAGUGCCAGCUGUCAGUGCUCAUCCAUGCCACCUGCCAGUGGCCAUCAGUGCACAUCAAUGCCACAUAUCAGUGCCCAUCUGAGCUGCCUUUCAGUGUCACCCAUCAUUGCCAGUCAAUGCCAAUAAGUACCACCUAUCAGUGCCAGUCAGUGCCGCCUAUCAGUGCCAGUCAGUGCCACCUAUCAGUGCACAUCAGU